GCACAGCAUGCCGGGACGGGACGCGCCACCUCGGCCUGGACCGAGGGGAGCCACUGUGGGGGGCGGGGUCGCCCGUGAGUGAAUGCCUGCCGAGCCGGGAAGGCGAGGCCAGCCUGGGCCGGUCUAGGACCGGAAGCUGUGGAAAGGCUUUAAAAAAAGGGAAAACGUCGCCAGGCGGCCGUGAGUUCGAGGCCAGCCUGGGCUACAGAGCGAGAUCCAGGACAGCCAGGGCUACCCAGAGAAACCCUGUCUCGAGAAACCAAAAAAUAAAAAAUUCAUACACGUCCAAUCUCACCGAUUGUCCAUGGUCCAGGCCAGUGACGGGACGUUCUUUAAGAAUCCCCCUACAGUUGAUCCAGAAGUUUUCAAAUGUAAACCAAGAGGUCCGAACGUCUGUGGGUUCUAGUCAUUCAGAGGCUUCUUGCAAUACCCAGUGUUAACAGUCGAAGGGAAUUUUCCAGAACAUUCCGCCUUCCCCUUCGAGUGCCUGUUCAGUUGCUUAUCAGGGCCCUGGGAGCGCUGGCCCGGAAUCCAGCCGUUGGCUGGAGAGGUUCUCCCCGCUCGUGUCUUCAGCCAUCUGUGUUUUUCUUUUGUAAGAAUGCUGUAUUUGCCAGGCGGUGGUGGCGCACGCCUUUAAUCCCAGCACUUGGGAGGCAGAGCCAGGCGGAUCUCUGUGAGUUCAAAGCCAGCCUGGGCUACAGAGUGCUAUAUUUGAAAGAAUGCCUUGAAUGCAUUAAAGAAAAGAAAGCAAAUGUUUCUAAGAUAUGUGAAGCUAUAAAGAAAACAGAUGAGGAAAUUGCUUAUUACUAUAAACAUAGUAAAGAAAUCAAAGACUGCUAUAAUAACUGGAAGCCAACAUGUGAUGUUUUUCAUAAACAUGAAGAUUAUAUGCAAGAUCAACUCACUGUUUACCAAGAAAACAAUGAAAAAGACAAAAAAAUGUACCAUGGUUAUAUAUGUCAGUAUGAAAAUGUUUUGAAACAAUACCAACAAAAAUACUCAGAAACACGUUUUUCAUGUAAAUAUUAUGAGAAGAAAAGAGAACAUGAAGAAAUUCAAAACAGAGUGUUGGCAUGUACUGAACAACUAAAAAAGAAUGAAACUAUUCUUAUGGAACUUCUAGUUCCUGCUCCAUUCCCAUCACUUACUAAAUGGACAUUACACAUAGUUAAUUUGAGAUAUAAAACACAAGACAUUCUUAAAUGUGCCAACAAUUUUACCAAGAGAUCACUUGAAUUGGAAAAAGAAGCAGAUGACAUGGAAAUAGAAAUUAAUUCUUUAAAUAAGCAGAUUGCAAGACUUUUUGAAAGAAAGAAUUUUUCAGAAGCUCUAGAAGAAAAGAAUAAAAAUACAGAAAAGAGAAAAGAAUUUAAAGAAAGAAUUUUUGAAAAAGAUGAGCAUGUAUUGAACAGAUCCUCUCAAAGUAGCCAGUUACUACCACCUUGUGAGUCUCAGAAAUUUGUAAGACGAAUAAAGAUGCAUUCUUCAGAACCAAGAGUUACAGAUAAAAAAGAAGAAAAUUCAGUCAGUCAGUCAAAGUUUGCUAGUAGUGAUUUGAGACAAGAAAAUGACUCACAGAUAUUUAAUUACUCUGAUAUGGAUAGUAGUUCAAAAUGUUCACAUGUUACAGCUGUUAAAAAUUCACAAGGUUUUAUGCAAUUCAGAUUGAAUCAAUCAAAUUACAGUCAAUGGAUUGAAAAAGGACAUAUAGAUGCUGAGUGUGGAAAUAAAGAGACAGGAAGACAACUAAGAGAAUCAAAAAGUACUCCACAGGCCGUGUACAUAGAACACUUUGGAAAGCCAAUAGAAAAUAAUAGUGGUGAAGAAGAAAGGACUGAGAAUUUCCCACAAACUCCUGAAACUUCUUUAUUUCCAAGAACUCCGGAAACUAUGAAGACACCUGAAUCUGUGGAGAAAAUACAGUUCCCUAAAAGCCCCUUCUUUGAAAUAACUAGAAAUGUAGGACCUGAAGGGCAAAAACAAAAGGAUUCUCCUGGAUUCUCAUUUCUUAUGAGUUAUUCUUCUAGAUCACCUGGACUAAAUUUAUUUGAUUCUUCUGUAUCUGAUUCAGAAAUCUCAUCAGAUCAGUUUAAUGAACAUUACUCUGAAGAAAACCUAAAUCCUUCUUCAUCACAACAAGAAAUUGGAAACUUAUUUGGGAAAUCAGAAGGAGAAGAUACCUUCCCAUUUUCUUUUCCCUCAGACUCUUCAACUCAUACAUUUGGAGCUGGAAAAGAUGACUUUAGUUUUCCAUUUUCUUUUGAACAGGAUCAAAAUACAAUGCCUUCCUCUUCAAAAGAUUUUUCAUCCUCACAAAAUAAAACCCAAUUUAUGUUUUUUUGAAUUAUUAUUUUUGAACUAUUAUUGCUCUAUAAUAAUCUAGAAAAAAUCUGUAUUAUCACUGAAUGCCUGAAGAUACAUUUUUGUCAAUUAAAGUAGUAAUUGGUUACUACAGUUGAGUUACUUGAUUGAAGUUAUUUAAGUACUGAAUGUUUCAUUUUUAUUUGUGACAUUAGUUAAUCAUUAUUUAUUUUGAUUUUUACUUUGACUUUGUAAGCCAUAUCAGACAGUCCUUCUAUCUUAGAGACGUCAAUACUUUUUCAUUAAUUUUUGUAUAAUAUUAAGUCCAUUUCUCUCUGGAAUUUGAGUUUUAGUCUGGAGUAUUUUAGUUAUUUUGAUAAUAACAAAAAUGCCUUCAAACGAUCAGAAGACCUUGUAAUGGUAGCUGUGCAGAAUUCAUACUUUAGCAAUUAAAAGUCUUGGAAUCACUGGGUUUUAUUUAGGCUUCAUUAUUGCAGGAUGCAGAAUGGAAUUCUGAUAGUAAUUUUUUAAAAAUUCAUGUCAGUGACAGUAAAGGUUUAUGUUAUUCUCUUCUAAAUGCAACAACAGUAAAAUUCUAAUUUUGUUAAUUAUGUUACUAUGUCUUAAAGAAAGUGAGAAGUGAAAGAAAGACUAAUAUCUGAAAAUUGUAUUGUUAUAUCUCUGGUUGUCCUGGUUUUGAUUAAACCUUUUUUGAAGAAUAAAAAAAUUUUUGUUUUCCAUCUUCAACAAGGAACAUUUCAUAUUAACAUUUUUAGUUUUUGUAUUUAUACUUUGUUUCAUAUUUGUAUUUCAUGUUUGUAUUUUAUGUUCGAUAUUUUUCAAUUAGACAUAGAUUAAAUUAAGAUAUUUAAAUUUGAUGAAAUGAUAUACAUUGCUUAAAUAUCUCUCUGUGUGCCUUUAAAUUGAGUUGUGAAGUAAUAAAGAGUGUGACUGUGUUUUGAUGUGUAA